AUGGUGCUGUUCUGGCUGCAUUCACUAGUAACCGUCAUCAUCGUAACUAAUCGUCCUCUCCACCCACCAUCACCACUGUCUGCUUUCUGCAGGUACCUGUCGGGGAAUCAAAUCAGCGGCAGUCUGCCGCCCGCAAUCGGCGACCUACAUGACUUGGAGCACCUGUGGAUAGAGGAUAACAAACUCACUGGCCCACUCCCAGCCGAGAUCGGCAACUGCACCAGCCUGCAGAUACUCUACCUAUCCAACAACAACAUCAGCGGCAGCCUACCGGACAGCAUAGGCCAGCUGCGGGCCAUGCGAGACAUGCGGCUGGAUCAAAACAUGCUCUCAGGCGCCCUCCCACCAUCCAUUGGCGCGCUCUCCAACCUCACUGUGCUUGGUGGCAGUGGUGGGCUGAGCACGGUAGCAAUCAUUGCGGUGGUGUGCGGUUCUCUGUUCUUAGUCACGGCUGUGCUUGUGGCAUUCCUCGUCUGGUGCUGCUGCCGACCAGGCUCCAACCCUUUCAAGCACGUCAAAGUCGUUGACCAGGAGGAAUUCGACGAUGCGGGGCUGAUCCCCUCGCUGUGCUGCCGGUACUCUUUGGUGGAGAUCCGUCGUGCCACCAACAACUGGAGCGAGCAGAACCGCAUAGGCAGUGGGCAGCACAGCGACGUGUACAAGGGCACAUGCCCGUAUAACCCCGCCAGCACGUGGGCUGUGAAGCGAUACAAGGAGCGGUCGAGUCACUUUGACAAGGAGGUAGAGCAGAUAGCAAGCAAGUGGCACCCGAACCUCGCCCACCUGCUGGGCUACUGUGUGGACUCGGACACGCGGGUAGAGGGCGGCCGGAUGGUGCAGGUGGAGGAGAAGAUUGCAGUGUACGAAUACGUUCACCACGGGGACCUCAGCCGCUUUGGCGUCAUAUUCCUGGAGCUGCUCACAGGGCGGCCGCCGUUCAUCCAGGUGCAGGCCGAGCAUGGAGAGGACCACGUGCACAUUGCAGACUGGGCGGCACCUCUAAUCGAUGAGGGCAAGACAGAGGAAUUGAAAGACCCGCAUCUGGACGUGCCAGAGUCCUCCUUCCUCUCUCUCGCUGAGCUCGCCAUUCGCUGCACCGCCAUGCCCUUCACCGACCGCCCGCCCAUGGGGGAGGUGCUGGCGACCCUCAAGGCCAUUCGGACAGACUUUUUCGGGCUCACGGACCCGGAUGAUGUGUAUGGGGGCGAGGGGAGUGGCGGUUUGGAGAAUGGGUUCGGUGGCGAUGAUGGUGAUGUUGAUGGUCGGCCGGAUUGGGGUGUUUCAAUUAAUAAUGUGUGA